UUUGUAUAAUUUUUUUUAAUCUUCUUGUUGGUUCGUGACCUAGCCUUGAUUCCGCCAUGUCUGUAUUGUCAUGUCCUCACAAGUUAUUGUGUCACUGACCUUAGAUAACCAAAAUUGGCAAAUCCAUGUCCCAAAGAUACGAUCUUUUCUUAUGCGAAAGUUGUUUUUGGGCAUUAAUUUCUAGCACCUGGGUUUGAUUGGUCGUGUUGUGAUCUUCGAAGGUUGUCUAUCUGUUUUCUUUGAUCCGUGGAGAUGGACCCACCUUUUUAUCCAAGUUUCUACCCGGUGGGUUUUUCAAUGGCCUCGUCAAUUUUCGAUAAUAACAUAUUGUAUGGUUGAAUCCAUGGUGUAAGAGAUUCGAGUAUCAAAUAUCUGAAUCCGAGCAAAUGGAAGUGUUACCUUGCUCCAGUUCUCAACCGACGGAGCAAGUUGAGAAUUCUGCUGUUGGAAUGGACGAAUUCAUAGUCACCACCAUGGAUGAUUUUCCGGUACAACAGCUCGAUGACAGGGUAGGAACAGGCAACAAUGGAGGGUCAUCGUUGAACUCGCCUUGUUCGAAUGCUAACCUACUCGAUGAUACAACAGAAACCGAGCUUCUUCUCGGAAACAAUGGCGAGGAAGAGUCUUCUCCUUCGGCCUCCGAGCCUAAGUGGCUGCAGCAAGAUGAUCCUAUAGCUCUGUGGGUCAAGUGGAGGGGCAUAUGGCAGGCCGGGAUAAGAUGUUCGAGAGCGGAUUGGCCAUUGGCAACUUUGAGGGGGAAACCGACUCACGACAGGAAGAAGUAUUUCGUGAUAUUUUUCCCGCACACAAAGAACUAUUCGUGGGCCGAUAUGCAGCUGGUUCGAUCCAUCGAGGAAUUUCCCGAGCCUAUCGCGUAUAAAUCGCACAGAGUCGGGCUUAAAAUGGUUAAAGAUUUAACGGCUGCCCGUCGUUACAUCAUGCGAAAGCUUGCAGUCGGGAUACUCAAUAUAGUUGACCAGUUCUACUCAGAGGUUGUGGUCGAGGCAGCUCGUGAUGUAACGAUAUGGAAAGAAUUGGCCAUGGAAGCUUCCCAAGGUGCUGGUUAUCAUGACCUCGGACGAAUGCUUCUUAAGCUUCAGAGUAUGAUUUUGCAACGUUACAUGAAUCCUGUCUGGCUCGAGAACUCAUUCCCCUCAUGGGUACGAAAAUGUAACGAUGCAGCGAAUGCCGAGAGUGUUGAACUGCUUAAAGAGGAAUUAGAUAACUCUAUCCUUUGGAACGAAGUUAAAUCAACCGUUGAUGCUCCGAUGCAACUCAUGCUUUUGUCGGAAUGGAAAACGUGGAAGCACGAAAUUACUAAAUGGUUCUCGAUAUCUCCUUUAGGCGGCAAUGUCGGAGAAAUCGAUAUGCAGAAUAGCGAAGGCCUCUUUAAUCAAGAUCUCCAAGCUACCCGUAAAAGGCCGAAACUCGAGAUUCGUCGUGCGGAGACACAUACCUCACAAGAAGGAACUGCUGUUGGAAUCGACUCGGAAUUCUUUACUCGUCGAGACAGCACCAUUACCGAUGAUGUAAUGAAAGAGGCACCUCUUCUGGAUGAAGAUGCAGUGAUGAUGAAUACACCAAAGAAUGGUUUGGACCAAUGGGAUAGCAUUGUUGUUGAAGCCGCCCCACCCGGUUCACAGCUUGUAAAUGAGGCUAAUGGCUCGGGUUCCAAGAAACCGUUUGGUUCGGGUAAUAAGAGCCAACAGUGCAUUGCUUUCAUUGAAUCGAAAGGAAGACAAUGUGUGAGGUGGGCAAAUGAGGGUGAUGUUUACUGCUGUGUGCAUUUAGCUUCUCGUUUCACCACCAAACCGAUAAACUCAGAGAUCUCUCCUGCUGUUGAAACGCCAAUGUGCGGAGGAGUCACUGUUCUUGGCACAAAGUGCAAGCACCGGUCUCUACCUGGAUCAUCGUUCUGCAAGAAACACCGUCCUCAUACCGGUAUGGAGAAACCAGCCUAUUCUUAUGCUCAACCCACGAAAAGAAAGUUAGAUGAAAUCAUGUCUAUCCCGAAAACAACUCAUUGUCUCGAGAUAGUGCCUUUUGGAGAAGUUCCUCUACAGGGGGGGGCGUCUUUCGAGGAAAAUCUAUCAAAUGAAGGCACGAGCUUUGGCGAAAUGCUUGAGCAUUGUAGUAACGAUGAUGGCAGGUGUGUUGGUUCCUGCUCGGAGAGCAGAUAUAUUCCGUGCCAUGAAAGCUCGGCAAGGCACACGUUAUACUGUGAUCAGCACCUUCCCAACUGGCUGAAACGUGCAAGGAACGGUAAGAGUCGGAUAAUAUCGAAGGAAGUAUUUCUAGAGCUUUUGCGGGUUUGUUCAUCGCGGAAGGAAAAACUGUGCCUACACCAAGCAUGUGAUCUAUUCUACAAGCUCUUCAAAAGUGUCUUGUCUCUAAGAAACACAGUUCCAAUGGAUGUCCAACUUCAAUGGGCCAUUUCCGAAGCUGCGAGAUAUGAUGGCGUCGGGGAAUUCUUGUUGAAGUUGGUAAGUCGGGAAAAGGAGAGACUGAUAAGGAUAUGGGGUUUCACUGCCGCCGAAGAAGAUCCGACAUUAUCGUCUUCUUUUGCUAAAGCAGAAUCAGCUACUACUCUUCUGGCCACGGCUGGUCUUUGUGAUGGUGAUAACAGAGAAACCAAAGAGCAAGAGAAAUGGUCCUUUCGAGGUUUCGCUUGUGCGAUCUGUCUGGAUUCUUUCGUGGACAGGAAACUUCUGGAAACUCACGUGGAAGAGAGGCAUCACGUUCAGUUUGCCGAAAAGUGCAUGCUUCUUCAGUGUAUUCCUUGCGGAAGCCAUUUCGGGGACAGCGAGCAAUUGCUGUUUCAUCUUCAAGCUGUUCAUCCCUCUAUGUGCAAGUUGCCGGAAAUCGUUCCACAGGAAAAGCCGCUUAUAGAGCCAGAGUCUUCCCGAAUACCCGAAACGGCCAAUACGUAUUCCACUCUGAACCAAAAACGGGAGACUUUAAGCGGCGUGCAGAAGUUUGUUUGCAAGUUCUGUGGGAUGAAGUUCGAUUUGCUUCCGGACCUCGGCCGUCACCAUCAGGCUGAACACAUGGGAUCGAAUGUGCUUAACUCACGCGGCCCGAAGAGAGGAGGGGUGAAGUUCAAUGCCUACAGGAUGAAAUCGGGGAGAUUGAGCCGUCCUAAUAGAUUCAAAAAGGGUCUCGGAGUAUCGUCGUAUCGGAUUAGAAACCGGGUCAAUGUAAAUAUGAAGAGGAGGAUGCAAGUAUCAAAAUCUCUCGGCAGUGAAGGACUGACCGGAAUAUCACCUGCAACUGAUGCCGGGACACUUGGUAGAUUAACAGACUCACAUUGCUCGGUUGUCGCAAAAAUUCUAUUCUCGAAGAUUCAGAAAACGAAACCCCGUCCUAAUAACGUCGACAUCUUGUCUGCUGCUCGAUCUGCUUGCUGUAGGCUGAGCCUGAAGGCCUCGUUGGAGGCUAAAUUUGGAAUUUUGCCUGAACUUAUAUGUCUCAAGGCUGCAAAACUUUGCAGUGAGAAUGGUAUCCAAGUUCAGUGGCACCAGGAAGGGUACGUAUGCCCUAAUGGGUGUAAGCAUUUCAAGGACCCGAACCUCAUUCCUCCAUUGGUUCCCCGGCAAGAUAAUGACGGAUUUCGACAGGCUGUGGACUCGAGAGAAUACGUGAAUGAUGGACUAGAAGUGGACGAGUGCCAUUGUAUAAUGGAGUCUCAUCAUUUCAGUAAGAGACGGCCGAGAAAGGCCACUGUCUUGUGCAAUGACAUAAGCUUUGGACAGGAGUCGGUUAAUGUAGCUUGUGCUGUGGAUGAUGACGAUGAUGGUCGUAUGAAUGAGAAGAGGCCGUGGGAGAGUUUUACUUACAUUACAAAGCCAAUGCUGAAUCAGUCCAUGAACCUUGAAAACGAGAAGAACCUGCAACUGGGUUGUAGCUGCCGGAGUUCAGCCUGCUCGCCUGAAACCUGUGAUCAUGUUUACCUCUUUGAUAACGAUUUUGAGGAUGCUAAAGAUAUACGAGGAAGAUCCAUGAGAGGCAGAUUGCCGUAUGAUGAUAGGGGACGGAUCAUCUUGGAGGAGGGUUAUCCUGUUUAUGAAUGCAAUGACCAAUGUGGCUGCAGCAGAACCUGUCGGAAUCGGGUUUUGCAGAAUGGAAUUCGCAUCAAACUAGAAAUCUUCAGAACCGAAAAGAAGGGAUGGGGAGUACGAGCAUGCGAACCUAUCCUACACGGCACGUUUAUAUGCGAAUACGUUGGAGAGGUUAUCGAUCUGCAAGAAGCAAACAAGAGAGAAAGCAGGUAUGGGAAAGAAGGUUGCGGCUACAUGCGCAACAUUAAUGCUAAUAUCAAUGAUAUUGGUAGAUUGAUUGAAGUAGAAGAAGAUUAUGUCAUUGAUGCUACCAAGUAUGGCAAUGUCUCUCGGUUCAUCAAUCACAGCUGCUCGCCAAACCUCGUGACCCAUCAAGUUCUUGUGGAAAGCAUGGAGUCUCCACUCUCUCACAUCGGUCUAUAUGCCAAUGCCGACAUAGCUGAGGGGGAGGAACUGACGUGGGACUACGGACAGAAGCUGUCGCUGUCUGAACAAGGACAUCCAUGCCAUUGUGGAGCUUCGAAUUGCCGCCGAGGCCCUGUCUUCUGCUAAAAGACUGGUUCUUUUUUUUUUCCCCCCUGCUCCUCUCCCACUUUCGGAUGCUUUCAUCAUGGCCAUGCAGAUUGUUUUAGGGUUUUGAGAUUUAUUUAUGAAGAUGCUUCGGGAUUUAGAUUGUGUUAUUUGUUUCUGUUUUUUUUCCAUGGAAGGAAUUCUUGGACAGGAGAAAAAAGAACACAGGAAAUACUGUAGUCUCUGAUCAUAUCUUCAUGGGUUUAUGGAAGUUAUGCCGGUUAAUGCCGUACCGAA